AUGGCUAAAAUCAACUAUGAAUUUGGACUUCCAAUCCACCAAGCUGAAGAUGACAGUGAGGAAGAUUGCGAAUUACCAGCUAAACUACCACGACUCCUUGAGCAUGAAGAGAAAGAGAUUCAGCCGUACAAAGAACCAGUUGAUGUCAUUAACUUGCGAUCUGAAACUGAUAAAAAAGAGUAUAUAUUUGAAAAGCCUGUUGUUACUGGUAGAAUUGCUCGGUGGCAAAUGCUGCUAACCGAGUAUGACAUAGAGUACGUGACUCAGAAAGCAAUAAAGGGGAGUAUUCUGUCUGAUUAUCUCGCUCACUUGCUUGUUGAAGGCUACCAACCGUUGAGGUUUGACUUCCCAGAUGAGGACAUCAUGUUUAUCAGAGAUUUUACUAUGCCAGGCUUCGAGGUAAGCCCUGAGGAAGGCCCCGAACCAGGAUCGCGAUGGACGGUCGUGUUCGACGAUACUUCCAAUGCCCGAGGUCAUGGUAUAGGUGUUGUUAUCACUUCUCCAACUGGUUUCCACAUCCCCUUCAUUGCUAGGUUAUGUUUUGACUGCAUCAACAACAUGGCAGAAUAUGAAGCAUGUAUCUACGGUUUAGAGGCGGCAAUCGACUUCAGAAUCAAAAUCCUCGAGGUAUUCGGUGAUUCAGCUCUGGUAAUCAGUCAGGUGAAAGGCGAUUGGGAGACUCGGGAUAACAAGUUGAUACCCUACAAAGAGCAUAUCAAAAAACUGAUACUCUAUUUUGAUGAAAUAUCUUUUCACCAUAUUUCUAGGGAAGAAAAUCAGUUAGCAGACGCUCUAGCCACGCUAGCAUCUAUGUUCAAAGUCAAAUGGAAGAAUGAAGCACCAUCCAUCCAAAUUGACCACUUAGAUGAACCAGCACAUUGUCUAGCAAUUGAGGCCGAUCCAGGCGAUAAGCCUUGGUUCUACGACAUAAAGACACUUCUGGAGAAACAAUAA